AUGGCAAAUUCUUCUGUUCAAUUGAUCGAUUUACCAGACGAAUUACUUUUGAUUAUAUUUAAAAAAUUGAACAAUGUUGAAUUACUUUACUCUUUAAUGUGUAUUAAUAAACAACUCGAUAGAAUUCUAUAUGAUUCAAUAGUUACACGUCGUUUAACAUUAAUAAGAAGUUCAUCUAAUAGGCAUUUCUUUUCAUUAAGAGAUGAAAUGUUAGAUCGAUUCUGUUUAGAAAUCUUACCUAAAAUCCAUCGUAAAAUUGAAUGGCUUACUGUCGAAUCAUUGUCAAUGGAACGUAUUUUUCUUGUCGACGAUUAUUCUAAUUUAUGUCAACUCGAUUUCGUUAGCAUUCAAUGGGAAGGACUUGAACGACUAUUUGAUGAAGAAAAUUUCGCUCGAUGUCAUUAUUAUUCAUAUCCAUAUACAAUGAAAAAUUAUGAUAAAAUAAGCAAUAAUUUUCCAGGUGGAUUAUUCAAAUGUGUUCGUCAAAUAUCAUUAUUUGAUGAACAUCCUUUUCAACAUGAUUUUUUUAUUAAAAUAUCUCAAGCAUUUCCAUUUCUUCAAAAAUUAACUCUUGAGAAUUCUCAACCACAAAAUUAA